UUUUGAUCAUCACACAUGAACCUUGAGAGAGUUAUGAGGUGAAUCACAUCCCCGCACUGAGCUGCACUGGUGGAUUCAUUCCGAGCAGUUUCCACCAGGCUUCCUUCUGACGGGCUGCGGUCCACGGGCGCCUCUGCUGGAAUCGUUUGCAACUUUGGCGAAGACGUUGAAUGUGGCUGCCGCUUGUGCAUCAGUUCUCCUCUGGAGACGCUGGACAAGCCUUUGCUGCUUCUCCCCGCUAGUCAAAUUCAGCUUCUCCUAAAGCAGAAUUUGGACAUCUGGUGUGCAACCCGUGUGUGGCUGCCAUAGUCUUGAAAAGGCAGAGGAAGCAUCUGGUGUCAUCCCAGGCACGACUUUCCAACCACAGGUCCACCUGCAUUGCCUAAUUCCUGCUCUGAAUUAGGUUUUCUUUCCCCCACAACAUGACAGAACAAAGCCUUUUCUCCUUCUCCUCCUCCUCCUCCUCCCCUCCUUCUUCAUUCCCUACUUCUGCCCUUGGGCCACGUCUUGGCUCAGUCCGUGGCCAAGAGCCCUGCUCCCUCUUGGCCGCCACCAAGGACUUCAACAUCAUUUUGCAUCAUUAUAACCUCACCGGGAGGCUGAGCAACCGGCGUCCCCAGGAAGACCACUUAGAUGCCCUCAAAAUCAUCAUCAUUGCUGCCAGCUGCCUCAUCAUUUUGGAGAACUUAGUGGUUCUGCUGGCCAUCAUCUGGAAAGUGAAAAGCCAGCGCUGGAUCUACUCCUGCCUAGCCAGCAUCUCCUUCAGCGACCUGCUGGCUGGCAUUGCCUACUUGAUCAACCUCUGCUUCUCGGGAAGCAAGACUUUCCAGCUCUCACCCAACAUGUGGUUCCUCCGGGAAGGGAUCCUUUUCAUUGCCUUAGCAGCCUCCAUCUUCAGCCUGCUGGUGACGGCGAUCGAGCGCUACAACACCAUGGUGAAGCCUAUUGCCGAAAGCGAGUCCAGCAAGACCACCCGUCUCCGGUGUCUCAUCGUUUUUUUCUGGAUCUUGGCCAUUGUGAUUGGGCUGCUCCCCUUGUUGGGCUGGAACUGUAUUUGCGACGUGCCCCGCUGUUCCACGUUGCUGCCUCUUUAUACCAAGAAUUACAUCCUCUUCUCUGUCAUCAUGUUCACCGUCAUCCUGCUGGUCGUGGUGAGCUUCUACAUUUCCAUCUACUCCUGGGUCGUGAAAAGAACUAAGCAAGGUUUCUCCAACGGAGGCCGUAGCAGAUCGCUUCGGCUGCUGAAGACGGUGCUACUAAUCCUUUGCACCUUCCUCAUUUGCUGGAUCCCUCUGUUUGUCCUCCUGCUGAUCGACAUCUUUGACAGGAGCAAGGCCUUGAAGCUCCAGAAGGUCUUUGGCUGGAUUGUGACCUUGGCGGUGAUCAACUCGUUCAUUAACCCCAUCAUCUACUCUUUGAUAAGCAAAGAGGUGAGGAGAGCCGUGGUGCAACUUCUCUGCUGCUGCUGCAUCUGGGCAGGGUGGCAAGGUCCAGGCGGCUGUCUUGCCCCCAGCGAACUCCCCCUGAGCUCUUCCACAGGGAUGGGGAGUUCCCUGAAGAUGCGCGAGAGCUUCCGCAGUCCAGUGAUGCAGAAGCGGAUGUCCCACAGAGAACCUCUUUCCAGCAACUCCAGUGUGUUGAGCAACUCUAGCACGCUUUGGUAGCCGAUGAUGGUCCAGGCCAAUCUUACUCGCAGGGUUAGAAGGUGCUCUUCUACAACAUUCUGAGACCUGGCAUGGUUGACGACUGAAGUGCACAUGGGAGUUGCUCAGUCCAUUGCCCACUCAGGUUGACCAGUGGGUCAACCAGGGCCUGAGAUGCAAAGGAUGUUCAGUUCCAAUUGAGUCUUGCUCGGACAACCUCAAUAUCGUGAGUUCUGGAGAGAUUCUUUAUUCAUGACUUCUGGCUGAUGUCAUGACUUUCCUUUCAUCGUGCUGUUUGGUCUUGGCUUCUGACACACCUCAUAGUUUCCACUGACUGAUUUCUCGCAGGACCAGAGUCUUCAUUCUUCUGAACAAAACAAAUUGAAUCUCAAAAGCUGGACUAGCACACUAUAUCACUGUAUUGACCCACAAUCCAUCUAAUGAGACUGAGAAAGAUGAGAGAACGCGGUUAAGAAAACAGUAUUCUGUGUUGAACAUUCUUACCGGAUUGGUAUAUGUGCUUUUUUUUUAACAGGAAUCCGAACAAGAUAGAUAUUUUACUUAAACAUCAGGCAGUCCAGUGAGACAAUCGCUGUAUUUUAUUAUGACUUUAUUAAUCCUUAUUCUCACAGAUGGUUAAGCAUCUGCAUUUAGAACUUUGUACACAGAUUCCUAGAAGAAGCCAGUCAUUCCACAGGCAGAUAGAUAGAUAGACAGACAGACAGACAGACAGACUCAUCAACUGAGAUCAGAUGGAAAUUGAAAUGGUAGGGGAUUAUUUCUCACUUGUUUUAAAAAGCUACAGCAAUUACAGCAAAGGCCAGAGCUUCACAGAAGUGUUUCUCCAUUGUGUAUAUAUUCCACAGAGCCCAUCUGUUGAAAUGGGUUUCCUUUUGCCCCACAUAGACAGUUGCAACAGAGGCUGUUCAUCUUAGAUUGAACAUUCUUCCUGUACUGUUUUUUUUGUUGUUUUUUUACAAAUCGCGCUUUAUUCUUGAACUUCAUUUAUCUCGCAGACCAUGGUAACCAAAACAGCAAUACACCCAGGAAUCUGUGCUAUGUAUUUGUCUUCCUUUUUUACCUGCCUUGAAAGUUUAUUCUUGGGAUGGCAAUAAGAA